AUGACAGCAAUAGAGACGUUGAGUUUAUCUCACACCACAUUCUUGUACACAGCAACCACACUGGAUUUAAGUUUUGGCUUUGUCUUCUUCAUGAGCUUGGUUACAAGGGCAACAUGUCCCAAACAAUCAUCUACCUCUUCAUCCUUUAAAGAAGAUGAUGUCUCGCAAAAACAUUGGAAUAUAACACAUACACAACCCCCUUCCUCUCAAAAGGAAGAUGUGGGUGUCGAAAAAAGUCAUGAGCAGCCCCCAGGGACACACUCACAUAUCCCAGGCCAAGAGUCUGAUGCUCCAAUGAGGGAAACACGAGAUGACCAGGAGAGGCAAAGUCAAAGAGAGGAGAAAGAGGGAAAUGCUCAGAUAGACUUGAAUGAGGAAAUGUUAAAAGAGAAGAGACUGAGAGAUAAGAAGACAAAAGAAGAAUUGAUGAAAUUGAAAGUUGUGGAACAGGAAGAAGGAGGAAGGGUUAGAAAAGAGCUUAUUCAGAUGGUUGUGAAAGAGAGUAAGAGGAAAGAGAAUGAGCUAAAGGCUGAGAAGAAGAGAGAGCAAAAGGAAAGAGAGAAAAACAAGGCUCUAAUAAACAAUGAUGAAAUUAUACAAGGGUUGGAGAAGAACGCUUCUGAGAACGAACAAAUUGCCACCAAGCAAUUGCAACUGGUUCUUAGUGAAUUAAGAGAGGCUGAGGAACAGAAAGAAGAGGAGCGAAAGGAAUUAGUGGGAAUGUUGCAUGAGGAGCAACAAAAGAGGGAAGAGCAAGAGAGGGUCCAGACCACGGAUAAACUCAUUGAGCUUGCCAUCCAUUGUGAGAAGUCUUUGGACCAAUUCACAAAGACUGGUAUGGAAUCUGCUCAAGACAUGGAAAAGGACUUUGUGUUUGCUGCUGACGAUGGACUCAUCCAAGACUCUUAUUAA